CCGUUGGUCUCUCCAGUUUCUCAGAAACAGAAAGAAAAUUCAUGGCUAUUUCCUCUGUCUCUCACCUUCCCCUCCUCUUCUUCUUCCUUUCUUUCACUCCUCUAAUCUUCUCUUCACCAUCAUCAGACCUUCCGCAGACCUUCAUCGUUCACGUCUCCAAAUCUCACAAGCCUACCCUUUUCUGCUCUCACCAUGAUUGGUAUGCAUCCAUCAUCCUAUCCCUCCCUCCAUCUCCACACCCCACCAAGAUCAUCUACGCCUAUGGCCGUACCAUCAGCGGCUUCUCCGCCCACCUCAUCCCCGCUCAGGCAGCAAUACUCCGCCGUGUUCCUGGCGUCCUCUCCGUUAUCCCAGACCAGAUUAGACAGCUCCACACCACUCGCACCCCUCACUUUUUAGGCCUUUCUACUGGGUUUGGCCUUUGGCCUAAUGGUGCUUACGGUGAAGACGUGAUCAUUGGUGUUCUCGACACUGGAAUAUGGCCGGAACACCCUAGUUUCUCGGACUUCGGUCUUUCUCCUGUUCCGGACAAUUGGAAAGGUAUCUGCGAGAUAUCGUCGGAUUUUCCUGCUUCGGCUUGUAACAGGAAACUCAUCGGUGCAAGAGCCUUCUACAAAGGCUAUGUGUCCUAUCAAGGGAAACCCAUUGAUGAAUUAACGGAUUCAGCUUCUCCCAGAGAUACAGAAGGUCAUGGCACCCAUACAGCAUCCACUGCAGCUGGGUCCUUGGUCCAUAACGCAAGCUUUUACGAAUACGCUCGGGGAGAAGCUCGUGGUAUGGCCUCAAAGGCUCGAAUUGCUGCAUAUAAGAUUUGUUGGAGUCUGGGUUGCUUUGACUCUGACAUUCUCGCAGCCAUGGAUCAAGCCAUUGCAGAUGGUGUCCAUGUGAUCUCAUUAUCGGUAGGUGCCAACGGUUAUGCUCCUCAAUACGAUCAUGAUUCGAUAGCGAUUGGGGCAUUUGGGGCAACCAAGCAUGGUAUUGUUGUCUCUUGCUCUGCUGGGAAUUCGGGUCCAGAUCCGUUUACGGCUGUUAAUAUUGCGCCUUGGAUCCUCACUGUUGGUGCUUCCACUAUUGAUAGGGAGUUUCCAGCUGAUGUAGUGCUGGGUGAUGGGAGGAUUUUUGGUGGGGUAUCACUCUAUUCCGGUGAGCCGCUAGUGGAUUUCAAGCUUCCUUUAGUGUAUGCUGGUGAUUGUGGAAGUAGAUAUUGCUUUAUGGGGAGUCUAAGCUCAUCAAAAGUUCAGGGGAAAAUUGUAGUAUGUGAUCGAGGAAUGAAUGCAAGAGUAGAGAAAGGAAGCGCAGUGAAGCUUGCAGGUGGGCUUGGAAUGAUAAUGGCAAACACAGCAGAUAGUGGUGAAGAGCUCAUUGCUGACUCUCAUCUUCUACCGGCUACUAUGGUUGGCGAAAUUGCUGGCAAUCAGAUUCGUCAAUAUAUCAAAUUGAGUCAAUAUCCUACUGCGACAAUCGUUUUCCGCGGAACAGUAAUUGGGACUUCACCACCUGCUCCUAAAGUUGCAGCGUUUUCCAGCCGUGGUCCAAACCAUUUGACACCACAGAUUUUGAAGCCGGAUGUUAUAGCUCCUGGAGUUAAUAUCCUGGCUGGCUGGACGGGAGCUUCGGCUCCAACAGAUUUGGACAUUGAUCCUAGAAGAGUUGUGUUUAACAUAAUCUCAGGGACCUCAAUGUCCUGCCCCCAUGUCAGUGGAAUCGCUGCUUUGCUUCGAAAGGCAUACUCAAAUUGGUCACCUGCUGCUAUAAAAUCUGCUCUAGUGACUACUGCUUAUAACUUGGAUAAUUCUGGCAAAAGCAUUAUUGAUCUUGCUACUGGCAGUGAAUCAACACCCUUUGUUAAUGGAGCUGGUCAUGUGGAUCCCAAUAGAGCCCUUGAUCCUGGACUGGUAUAUGACAUGGACACCAGUGACUAUAUUGCAUUUCUUUGCACAAUUGGGUACGAUUCCAAGCGAAUUGCAGUAUUUGUUGGAGAGACUGCAACUUUGGAUGUAUGUGAGCGAAAAUUGGGUAGUCCAGGCAAUCUCAACUAUCCGUCAUUUUCUGUUGUUUUUGAGCCUAAGACAGAUGUGGUUACAUAUAAGAGGGUGAUGAAGAAUGUUGGAAGUUCUGUUGAUGCAGUUUAUAAGGCUAAGGUGAAUGCUCCUGCAAAUAUAGAGGUGAAGGUUUCGCCAAGUAAGCUUGUGUUCAGUGCAGAAAAUCAGACAUUGUCCUAUGAUGUCACAUUCUCUAGUGCUAGCUUGGGUUGGUCUAGCAUUAGCUCACAAAGUUUUGGAUCAAUUGAGUGGAGUGAUGGAACUCACCUAGUUAGGAGUCCCAUAGCUGUUAAGUGGCAUCAAGGAUCAUCCAAAUCUUCCAUUUGAAUUGCAGAGUGGGGAUUGCAUGAUUGUCUCAAAACAGAGAGGAAUGAGCAUUUGGAUAUAAGAAUUUGCAAUGUCUUCAAUUUGUGUGGUUCUAUUCGUGUAUGCAAUCUGUCAGGCUAUUGUACAAAAUUAAAUUAUCCAAAGCUUCCAUUUGAAUUGCAGAGUGGGGAUUGCAUGAUUGUCUCAAAACAGAGAGGAAUGAGCAUUUGGAUAUAAGAAUUUGCAAUGUCUUCAAUUUGUGUGGUUCCAUUCAUGUAUGCAAUCUGUCAGGCUAUUGUACAAAAUUAAAUUAUCCUGGUUUCAGUUUAGUUUUUCUUAACUAUGGAGCAUUUGAUGUAGGAAGAGUUCCAGUUGAUGUAUUGAAAUGCAAUAAAAUUUGUUUCUGGUACA